CAUGGCGUCGGAACGGUACGAGCUCAAUAUGAACAUGAAGUGCGUGAAGUACAUGAUAUUCGUCAUCAGCAUUACCUUUGCGGUAGUGGCCGCAAUGCUUCUGUCGAUGGCCGUGGCCAUCGGUAAUCUGUUCGAUGAUUUCCAGAACUUUAUCGAUUCACACUUCUUCGUGCCACCGAAUCUGCUCAUUGCCAUCGGCAUCAUUCUGCUGGUGAUUGCUCUGUUCGGAUGUGUCGGUGCACUUAAGGAAAGUACAGCCAUGAUCAACAUUUAUGGUGUGUUGUUGUUGAGCGUGUUUGUGUUGCAGCUUGCGGCAGCCAUUACCGCAUUCGUGAUGCGCGGACAGGUGGAGAAUAUGGUGCGUCAGAAGAUCUUCGAUUCGAUGGCGGACUAUAAGCAGCAGGAAGGUUACCGUAAUCCGAUCGAUAUGCUGCAGAACACGCUUGAAUGUUGCGGUGUUGAUGGAUACAGUGACUGGGCCCAAUUCCUGCCAUCGGACGGUGUUGUGAUGGAGUACCCGGAAACUUGCUGUGCGGCCGCCCCGGUUGAUGGAGAGUGCAUACCACGCGAUUAUGGUUGCUAUUCGCGCCUUUCGUGGCUGAUCUCGCAGGGUUCGGUGCUGAUCGCGACCGGUACGGUUGCUGUUGCCUUCGUGCAGGUUUUGGGAGCGGUCUGUGCGUUCAUGCUGGCCAGUGCUAUUCGUCGUGCAAAGACGCUGCGUGCUACUCGCCGAUGGCAUCUACAGCAGAGCCUGGGCAUCAUGACCAAGCCGAUUGAGCCGCAGUACACGGGCAUGGAAAAAUCGGAGGCCAACGUCGAUCCGGACAAGUAUCUUCCCACAAGCCCAAGCGUCAAUUAAGUUAAUUCGCUCCAGAG